CUAGAAUUUAAAAAUUGUAAAAAUAAAAUCAAGAACAAGUUUUCCUAUUCCCUUCCCCAAACUCCAAAACUUUUCGGUUCACAAGAAACAGAAACAACAGGUGGAUGUUUCCUUUGUUUCUAAACCAUUUGAACAGCAGCCUUCCCAGUCCUAUCUUCAUCUGCUCAAGCAUCUCACCAUUUUCGAAUUCCUCUGUUCUAUAAUACGCAUAUCCGUAUUUGUGUUGCUGUGGAAACAAGUACAUAAUCUAUUUAAACGUUUUUGAAGCUUUGUUCAACAAAAAUCCCCAAUUCAGGACUUCGUCAGUAAUAAAAAAUCCUAAUCUCGGCGCGGAAACAACUUUAGAAAUCGAUAAUGUCCUCUCUUGCAGCAGCUCGAGCUGAUAAUUUUUACUACCCUCCAGAAUGGGACCCAAGUCAGGGUGGUCUCAACAAGUUUCAUGGUCAACAUGCCUUAAGAGAGAGGGCAAGAAAAAUAGACCAAGGCAUCUUAGUUAUAAGGUUCGAGAUGCCUUUCAAUAUAUGGUGUGAAGGAUGUGAAUCCAUGAUAGCAAAGGGUGUAAGAUUCAAUGCAGAGAAAAAACAAGUUGGAAACUACUAUUCCACAAAGAUAUGGAAUUUCACAAUGAAGUCAGCCUGUUGCAGACAUGAGAUUGUGAUUCAAACAGAUCCAAAAAAUUGCGAGUAUGUAAUCAUCAAGGGUGCUCGGCGAAAAGUUGAGGAAUAUGACGCAGUAGAUGCCGAAAUAUUAGAACUUCCUACAGAUGAAGAAAGAGGUAAACUUGUGGAUCCAUUUUACCGUCUUGAGCAUCAAGAAGAGGAUAUAAAGAAGAAAAACGAAGCUGAGCCAGUGCUUGUACGUCUUCAGCGUGCAUCUGAUGCCAGGCAUUCUGAUGAUUAUGCAAUCAACAAAGCUCUCCGGGCCCGUUUGAGGAGCCAGAAGAAGAGAGUUGCAGAAGAAGAACAUGCAUCUAGGAAAAGGGGUCUUGGUAUACGACUGCUACCGGGAUCGGCAGAAGAUGCAGCAGCUGCUUCUCGUGUAAAGUUCUCAUCUAAGUUUGAAGAAAACAGAAAGUUAAAACGGGCAUUGAUUUCAACCUCAUCAAUCUUCUCUGUUCCAUCUGGAUCUUCCUCAAAUGUUGAUAAGCGGUUGGAUCUUGAAGCUAAAAGGAGAAAAAUCAAAGCAGCAAGAGUUUCAAACCUGCUGGCUGGAGGAUUUAAGCCCUCUGGCUGGAACAGGGCCUGAGUGAAAACGCUAAUAAGAACUUGUAUCCAGAAAUGCAGAUAAUGUUUUUUUCAAGAAGUUUAAUGGAGGCAAAAUGGACACGCCAGUCUUCGUCUUCCCCAUAUUAUCGCAUCUAAAUGUGGCGAACGGGUUGGUUUGCGUUUUAUGGAAUGUAAAAUUCUGAAAUAGGAUAUAGCUUUUGUGUUCGUCACUUGUAUGCUUUCUCUAGACCUUGCGACUCAAACAAUUCUUUACUUCAAAUAAUUA